AUUAGACAUAAUGAUUUGUAUUGUUAUGUAAUACAAAUUACAGGUGUAUAAACCUAAUUUAUGGUAUUACGAUGCUUUAAAAUUUCUGGAAGAACAUAUAGUUCCCAGAAAAAGUAAGAACUCACAUCUACCAAAUAGUACAAAAGAUACACCUGGUUUUUUGUUACACCAUGAUUAUGUACAAACAUCACAAGACUUAGAAGAAUUGCAAGAAAUGUUGGUUGAAGAUAAUAAUGUCUAUGUACAUGAAGAGGAUUUAAAUAAUAAUAAUGAAGAAUCACAAUCAUGUGCAUCUUCAUCAUCUGAUAACAUAAUUGCUACAACACCAUCGAUUUUAAAACAAAAAAAAAAUGCAAUCAAGAUCUUUACCAUUUACUGAUUUAUUUAAUAUAAAUACGUCAAGUCCAUCAACAUCAUGUUCUGUACAAUCAUCGCCAAAUGUUGGUAAUGCAUUACAAUCUUCAUCCACUACUCAUAAUCCUAAGAAGCAAAAAAUAAAAAAUGGGGAUGCUUAUGUAGAGGCAGUUGAAUCGAUUGCACAAUCUUUAAAGAUGCCAUUAACACCAGUUACACCAGUUAAUGUUGCAACUGAUAGUACAGACCCUGUAGAUACAUGUAUGAAUUUUUUGGGAUCCCUUAUUAAAAAUAUACGAACUCCAGAUCUCAAAUUAGAUAUUAUGAACACUUUGGUACAAACUGUUGUUAAUGCUAGUCUAACAGACUUAGAACGAGUUAAGAAAUAAUAAGAUAUAUGUGGAUUAAUAUUCUAAUUAUAUUACAUUGAUCUCAUGUAUUUUAUGUAAUGGUAUUCUUAUAAACUUAUUCUUAGGUAUAAUAUAAAAUAUUAUGUAAAACAUUAAUUUUUAAAAAGUUUAAUCAAAGUACAAAUAGUCUGCAAUCUAGAAAAAAAAAGUUUUUGUUAUGUUUCUGCUAAGGCAGAUCAAGGACUGUAAAAAUAUUUUUUUAUUAUAAUAAGGUUUAAUUAAAGUAUUGAUAUUGAAAAUUACUAUGCAAUCCAAAGAAAGAGUGUUAUGGUUGUUACAAAUAAAGGUGAACCGGAGUGUAAAAGCGUUUAUUUUUAUUAUAAAAAAGUAUACACAAGAUUAAUAUUUUUAUUUGUAUUCUAUUAAGGUUAACUUAUUGUUUUAAUAAUAAUAAUAUUU